AUUCGCUCGCUGUUUUUCUCCUGUCCUGCAAACGUGAGUCUGCUGUAAUCUGAUCGCAGCUGGGGUGAGGUCAUGCACAAGGCUUUCCAGAGCCACAGAAACACCCACCCCGAACCUCUUCUCUAAGCCUCCCUGAAAGGGGACUCCUGGUGGAGCUCUCACUUUCUUACAUCCUUUGGCGUUGCUUCGCAUUCAGAUGUUGUCGCUUCGUGGGCUUUAUUGUCUUGGGUCCGGGGAUCAUCCGUCCACUCGCCUCUUUGUCCGAAGGGAACGCAGCGCCCGAUUAUGGGUCCACAAACGUGGUUUCUGCAUGUUACGUGGCAGCGACCAAAUCUCAGUGCUUUUAGUCAACCCUGUAAUCUGCAGACCAUCCCAGCAGUGAGAAAGGGACGACAUUUGGUGCAAAUAAAGAGGGUUAGGGUUAGCGAGUAACUGGAUAUGAUCUAGGGGUAGAGAAAGGCGAGCUGAAGACAACAGGUUAUCACACCCAGGGUACAUUCAUUGGGGAAAGUCACACCCAGAUGUUUGACUUCACAUCUCCCCUGAGGACGAGAGGAGCUCAGCAACAGAGGGGCUCUUGGACUUCUCUUAAUGUUCUCAUGUUGCAUUUGUGGAUCCACCCAGAUCUGAUCAUCUGUUUGCUUACAAGCUCAGUGCAGAAAGUGUGAGGAAUGGUCAUGGCGUUGUACUGCUGCAAGAGUACAAGGCAGAGAUGAAUGUUUUUCUUCCUUCAUAUCAAGAAUUUGGGUGCAGCGAAAAGUUUGAGUGGGACCUUCGCCGUAGGGACGGAUAACACAAACCACAUGCAUCGAUGGACUCAAAAUAAUCACGCUGUCCUCGUACGGAGUUACUCCUUAACCUCCACGGACACACAAUGACGGACCUCUCUCAGCUGGCCCUCGGCGGGCAGCGGCCAAGCGUAGCGGAGAUGGAUACCUGCGACCUGGAGAUUGAGCGGAAGUACGAGGUCAUCCCUGCUGUCAUCUGCUCCAUGUGCUGUCUUUUUGGCAUCAUUUACUGCUUCUUCGGCUACCGCUGCUUCAAGGCAGUCAUGUUCCUGUCGGGCCUCAUGUUUGGCUCUGUCAUCAUUUUCCUGCUGUGCCACAAGGAGCGGGUGCUGGACACCCAGCUGAGCGUGGAGGCCAGCGCGGGCAUCGGUUUGGGCAUUGGCCUGCUGUGUGGCCUCGUCACCAUGCUGGUGCGCAGUGUGGGGCUCUUCAUGACAGGUCUGCUGCUCGGACUCCUCCUCGCCAUCGCUGGCCUGUUGGUCGCCAGCCACUUCUACAACCCCGGUUCGGUGUGGGUGCCACUGGGCGCGAUGCUCGGCACCGGCAUGCUGUGUGCCGUCCUUAGCCUGCAGUGGCAGAAGCUCUUCACCGUGCUGUCCACCUCCGUCUUUGGGGCGGCCAUCAUGACUGUGUGUGCCGACUACUUUGUGGAAAUGCUGGCGCUGGCGAUGCACAUUUAUGACUGUCUGCGCCUGGUGCCUCUGCCUCCGCUCUGCUGGUACAGCUGGGUUAUUCUGGGCAUCUGGCCUGCCCUCAGCCUCUUGGGUGUGCUUGUGCAGUGGAAGCUGACUGCUGAGGGCUUCUCCCACACGGAAGUCAUCAUCAACAGGCGGCAGAAACGGGUUCAGCUGAUGAGGAUCCGUGAGAAGGAAGCCAAGAAACGAGAGCAGAGUGGAGGGCAAGAGGGCACCUACCGUCGCAAGCCUGCACCUGUAAAGCGGUAUGCAGGAGACCUCCUAGCACCGAGCUACCUGCAAAGCCUGCGUGACCGCCAGAUGGGCACAGGUACCUCCCUUAGUAGCCUAGGUGCUGCCAACCACACUAUGAUUGACUUUGACUAUGAGACGGGAUCUACGGUGCCUCUGACUGCCCCUGCCCCAGUCCUGCGUGUCUGAGGAGGUCACAGCCACCAGUACCAGUAAUUAUGGCCUUUCUCAGACCUACCUACAAACCUCUUGUGGAAUUUUGUGUUUUUCCGAGUCCUCAAAGAGCAGCCGAGGGAAACCUGGUUGUACAGUGUCAAGAGUGCAGAUUCCCACUUGAAUUAUUUGUCUCACCUUCAGCAUAGCAUCCCGACAUAUCUGCUCCUCACUCUUUGCAAUAUUGGACCUGUACAGGGGAAGAGAAGCCCUCCUGUUCUGCUUUCUUUCUCAAAUCAAGGAUAUCUUGUGUGCCUUCUUCUUCAACGAACUUGGCCGGGACAGUCUGGUCCCCUGUUGGAUCUAUUUCUUUUCUGGGAGGUUUGUGGCAACAUUAGCACACUUCUAUUGAGGACAUGAUGAGAGAUCUACGGGAUCUGGAUAAGUAAGGACAGAAAAACAAAGGAUACUCAUUAAGAAGUUGUUGUAUAGAAAAGAAACUAACCAGGCCUUCAAAAGGUGAUCUUAACUGGAGGCCAAGAGCGUUUAAUACAUUUUUUUAUACCCAUUCUAAUGAACAAUAAAAAUGGAAACUUUCAGUUUUUUCUUUUGUCAGUUUUGUUAUAAUAUUAAGCAUGUGUGCUUUUACGGAUAAAACAUUUUUUACAAGUAGGACUCCCCAGCGUAUGUGCUGAAGAGCGUGAUUGGAUGUGCUCAAAGUCAUUGCUAUACAAUGCUGCUUCACAAUGCUCAGAUAUGAGUAUUGAAAUGGAUCCCACCGCGAAAUUGACUCGCUCUGCAGUUUGGCACUGUUUUAUCUGUUGUUAUUCCAUUUGUUCUCUUUGAUGAUGGUCUACUGCACGUUGGAGAUAAGCAUGGCACUUCUCUUGUCUAAUCUCCAGGGAUUUUACUGAUAGUGUGACCUUGCGUGACCUUAGCAAAUCCAACAUGUUGGGCUCUAUCUUGGUAAUGCCCAGCAGCUGCUGAAUUGUAGAACUCAGCCACAGCACAUCCCUCCAUCAGAUAGCCAUGAGUCGUUGAAACUAACUGAACUGAUCUUGUUAGAAUUACCUCUUAGUGCUCAUCUAAAAGUGAGAACUGGCAGUUAAUCAACUCCGUCAAAGAAUUUCUUUGAAUAAUAUGUAUUUCUUACCCCCCUAUUCUGUAUGAAACGUUACGAUGAUGCUCAGUAAAGCUCCACUUUUUCUAAUUUAUAUGUUAUAUGAAGUAAAUCCCAUCCCAUUUUUAAUCUGUUGGGAUUGUACUGGUACAGCUGUGAAUGGUGUAAAGAAAUGGAAAGAGGGAAAUGUAAAGAC